AUGUGUCCUGCAGACCAUCAGGGCUCGUCAGGCGUCGUCAGAACGGCACUAAAGGGAAGCACGCGUGUUUCUCCGGAUCGGUUUAAGCGCAGCACCGUAUACAUCCCCGGCCGUGACGUGGUGACUGGCGAAUCUACAAACUGUGAACAUUUAGCGCCUCACCAUGAAGCUCGCUCCAGUGUUCAGGAGUUUAUGACCUUCACCAGUGCCUUGAUAGUAGAAAGGACAACACCGGGAAGUCGAGCCUCUGUAAAAGAACAAGAAUACUUAUGUCAUGUUUAUGUAAGAAACGAUAACUUAGGGGCGGUGGUCAUAGCAGAUACAGAAUAUCCUCAGCGCGUCUGUUUCACAUUAUUAGACAAGGUUUUAGACGAGUUCUGCAGACAAGUGGACAGUAUAGACUGGCCUUCAGGAAGCCCUGAGACCAUCAACUACAAAGCUCUAGACAUUCACCUGGCCAAAUACCAGAAUCCCAGAGAAGCCGAUGCAAUGACCAAAGUGCAGGCCGAGCUCGACGAGACAAAGAUUAUUUUGCACAACACGAUGGAGAGCUUGUUGGACCGAGGGGAGAAACUCGAUGACCUUGUGGCAAAAUCUGAGCAUCUGGGAAAUCAAUCCAAAGCGUUCUAUAAAACUGCGCGGAAACAGAACUCGUGCUGCGAGAUCAUGUGA